UGUCUGCCGGCCCGAUUAGUGUGUCUCAAUACAUCAUAUCGUAGACUUAGGAAAACUUUACCGAGGGAAAAAAAUUACCGUGCUUUUACUAAACUGACAGUUCAAUGUUGGAUGUUUUAAUUAUUAUGUGAAACUAUCAGGCUUUUAAAUACAGUGUUUGUCGAUGUUAAAUUCAUUUUAAGAUAAGAUAACCCGAAGCUAAUGAGAUUAAAGGUCUAAUAUCUAAAAGGUGUAGCCUACUCUUACUUUUAGCGAUCCAAUGAGAAGACGUUUUCUUGUAGAAGUGUUUUUGGAUGAAAACCUCAAUGGGACAUAGCAAUCAGGCGGAUCAUAGUCAAAUUAGUGUUACGAAUUGUAGAAACUUAGCGACGAGCGUCGCUUUGCCAAACUUUGGGAAAUCGCUGCAGUACUCGUUUACCUUAAGAAGCGAAAAGUCCGAAAUAUUUCGGGGAUGCACAGCUAUGGUUUUAUCACACUGCUGUGGUUACACACCCUAGAUUGGGACAAAAUUAUAUUUUUUAACUGCUAAGAGAGGAAUAUUUUACAGUGAUAACCUUGGAUUAAGAUUUAUACAUUUUUAAAGUCUUGUACUACGUACGUUUAUUAUUGUGAAUGGAUUAUGAAAAGCUGUCAAUAGAUAUUUUUAUUGGAUGCAGGCUCUACGUAUCGAGGGUGCUUUAAAGGGACAUGAACACCUCAUUAGGCACUGGUCCUCUACAACUACAGACGGUGAUCCCACCUUUACCCAACCCCCCAAUUCCAACUCUUGCCCACCGGGGUACCCCUAGAAGGUGGGAGAAUAUUAGGGACCGGGGUCAGUAUCUACAGAAUAGAGUGGGUCACUAUCUGGAGAUCCACCCGAAUGGAACAAUAAAAGGAAAUCUAGGAGAAAAGACUAUGUACGGUAUUAUUAUGUUGAUAUCCUACGUAACGAAUUCUACGCAUGGCCAAAAACCUAAAGAUACGAUAGCUAUUAAAGGUGUUGUUAGUAAUCUCUUCCUGUGUAUGGACAAUAGAAGCCAUAUAUAUGCUAGUAGAAAUGUUACGCCGGAUUGUGCUUUUUCUGAAGGAUUUAGGAAUAUCCACAACUAUAAUGUAUAUUAUCAUGCCAGUCAUAAGGAAAAGCGUAAAAAAUUCUAUCUAGGCAUAGAGCGAGAUGGUCGAAUGAAACCGGGACUAUAUGCUAGGAAUUCUCAAGCCAUGUCACAAUUCUUGCCGGUACAAGUGCCGCCCCAAUCAAUGUAUAGAGCUAAACAAGAAAGUGCGAGGUUGAUUAGAACUGGAACUAUUAAGUUAGUGGGGCGUAAUACAAAGACUCCUGAUCCAGCUAAAAAGAGAAAAAAUGAGCGACGUCGUCGUCGGCGCCGCUGGUGUUCUAAAUUGCAAAAGAUUUAUAAAAAUCAAGAAAAAUACCAAGGAAGGUGUAAGCGUUUCUGUGACUUAUUAGACGAAAUGAUUAAAAACUACAGUAAACAUAAAAAGCGUUGUGAACGUGCACGUAAGAGAAGGCGGAAACAAUCAAAUAAACGUCGCCAUCGACACCGACAUCGGGCGAAACGUCACGAUCACUCGAAACGCGGGAGACGUAAAGAGGGUCGAAGACAGAGAACCAAACGCAAAUUGCGCGAAUAUAGAGACAGAAAUCAACAGACUGAAAAACGGUUAUCUUUAGAACUUACAACAAAACCUCUCUUACAAACAGAUAGAUAAGAUUGUAUUUUGUUAUUUGUGUGCGUGUGAAUGAAUGAGUGAAAACAGAUUACAAUGCAAAGUGCCGAUUGUUGCUCUGUGUGUAGAAAUGGGGGGGGGGGAUGUGUAUUUAUAAAGAAGAUAGAAUAUAGUUAUUUAUUUUUUGUGUCUCGGACAAAAACACUCAGUAAAACUACCGUGGUUGUGUAUUUAAAUUACCCCCACACAUACAAACACUGUGAUGGACUAUACGUCAAAGUAAUCAAAGUGGAAUUCUGGGAGCAGAACUGAAAUAGUAGUGUAGACAUUUUUUAUUGGACGAUGAUCUAUUGAAAUGAGCCAAUCACAAACUAUCACACAUUUACUCCAUGCCGUCCAGCAAACAAUAUGUCUGAUCAUUUUUUCACCAUUUCUGUGAAAUAUUGUAAUUUUAAUGUCAUAUUAUUCAAAAUUGUUUCGUCAUAUUUUAUUGGUGCAUGUAUGGACACAUCAUAUCAUUAUAUUUAUUCUUUUAAUAUCAUGUCAUCCAUUUUAAAAUAUGUCGGCUUCAUUUUUCAUUCUAUAUUUCCCCACAACUCAUGUUUGAAUUUCAUCGCCACAAUAUACCUGUAAUGUAGAUGUUCUGUAUUUAACAAAACGUAGGACCAUGUUCUUAAAGUCAUUAGUUUUUCUCUUUUUUUUCUUUAUUUAUAUAGAUGUAGUAAAUUGUGUGGCUUAAAUCCACUUUGUAGCAAAAUAAAAUCAUGCCUUGAAAUAAAUGUUAGUCUAUGUAUUUUGAAGUAGACAGUGCUAUAUCUCUAUAAAACUCUUGAAAAAUUCUACUCAAAAUCGUGCAAUAUUUUGACUUAGUUGGUAUAGGACGUUGUUUAGAUAAAGUGAACUCCCAGAGAAAAUAAUGGUUACUAAUCCUUCGAAUAGAAAGUGGUAUCAAGUCUUCUAGAUCACACUCACACAGAGAACUUUAUUAGAUUUUAUUAUACGCUUCAUAUUCAGUAUUGAAAAGCAUACUAAAAUACAUGUAGUCUAUUCUUAUUUAUCAAAUACAAAAUAUUAAAGAUUUCAGACAUUUCCUUAAGUUUCGAUUGGUUAAUCACCGUACUGAUUGGCAAAUAAAGUCAUCUAGAUUUCAUAUACGCAAACUUUCAUCGCAAAAGUUUAUACGCAAUACAUUUUUUCCCACACAGAAAAUAAAUUUUCGUGUAAUGUUCUACACACUUAUGCUAGGACAUACUCGGUAGAAAUAUGGCAAAAAUGUACUGUGCCUUAACCAAUCGAAACUUGUGUUCCAUUUGUUUGAUACUCGGUUGGUGUUUUCGCCCAACUGACUGGCCCUUUGAUAGAAAAGUGGAAAUUGAUUGCUCUUUAUUUUAGCACCUUUAUUAACCAUAAAUUUUCGAGUAUUGUCUAGAUUCUAGCCCGUCUUGGGCAAAAUGUCUUUUUUAAAUUGAAGAAAUUGUAGAUAAAGAAAAGCUCUCUAUUUAGCCCUAUUGUCUGUAGUAAGUCUAUGUAAUAUAAUAAACUUGUCACUAAUCUCAGGGCUAUUGCGUCUAACUAGUGUACAUUUUGUAAAGACAUUGUAAAUUUUGUUGGAUUAUUUAAGAUGAAGUAGUUAUUAAUAAACUGAACUACUUUUCAAAUAAAAAAUCAAAAGAUGAAAUCAAAAUACUCAGAUUAUUUUUGACAUAUUGAUAUUAGAAUGAUAUUAGUUAGGACAGAGUUGUGAAUAUUUAAAUUAGCAAGGUCAUUCUGUGAUUGUACUUACGAAGAAGAGUUUUAAAUAUUUUCAUCUGAUGAAAAGUAUAUUUUUGUUCAGGCCUUUAACAGGGGUCGAUCUCCAAGCCUUACUAUUUCCUUGUAAAAAAUAAACGUGAUCAUCAUCAUUAUUAAUUAUUGUACCUUUAUUGUAUCAUUAUUAGCAAGACAAAUAAGAACACAGGUGACCGAUUAAAGCCGGUCGCACAUUAGAAAAUUGAUUUAAAAGCUGAUCAUAAUUGUUUAAGAAUAUUUCAAAAGUUAUGUAUAGAUAUUACUAUGGUAGAUAACAGCCGAUAUAUUAAUGUAAUGACAUUAGUUCUACAAAUCCAUAUUCAGCAAAUUUUUAAAAUGAAAAUCUGUUUGUAAUAUUCUUUUUCGGAAACGAUUUCUAGUUUAUAUAGGCUUAUGUGUACUGUAUUUAUAUAUCUGUUGUAAUAUAUAAUAAUCCAAGCUUUUCAUAAACACCAACCGACUAUCAUGGAAUACUGCUGUCUAUAAUUUAAUGUUUUCGAAAUACAAAGAUAUUUUCUGAAAAUUGUUUUGUUUUGUCAAUUUUAGAUGCGUUUCCCCUUUUUACCACAUAGAAUCCAUAGUAGGCCCA